AUGAUAAAUUGUAUCCUAUGGACUGUCGUGUCUCCUAACGUCUGACACAGGAAUAACUUGAAUCUCAGUUGCUAAAAAUAAUUUUGUUAAAUUUGCAUAGAUUUUACUCAACAUGACCUUUUCUAGGCUAACCAGGCUCAUGGUUCAGUCGAAAACCAUCUCUAAACAUGAUAGGAAGAUCCAACGAAGAACGGCAACUACCACUCCAACAGGAGCAAUUUUACCCGAACCUGAGAAAACUCCUUUUGGUCUUCUGAGUAUUGUGGCUGCUGUUAUUCCAGGCCUACUCAUCGGAGCGGCCAUAAGCAAAAAUAUUGCUAAUUUCUUAGAAGAAAACGAACUCUUCGUGCCUUCUGACGAUGACGACGAUGAUGACUAAAUGUUAAAAGAUUUAUAAGACGGCAAGUAGUUUCAUUAAUAAAAUGUUAAAUAUUACUUGAAGUAUCUGUGCGGGUAUAUUAAUAAAAAAAAACCUUUAAUUUUAUUAAUAAUAAUUUAUAGUUACAGAAACACAUUGUAAUCAUUUUGUGCUUAUAUUCUAGAUUAUUUUUAAAAGCAUACUUAAAAUAUUGUUAUCCAAAUUAAUACAAUUUUAGUGGUUAUGAAGGUUUGUCUAAGUCAUAAAUUAUUUACAAUGUAGUGAUAGGUAUAAUUUUAUACAUAUAAUAUAUCUAUAUACAUUUUAAGUUACAACUAAUGAAUAUUUUUCAAUAGUAACAUGUAUGUAUUAAGCAAUCCCUGCUAUGCUAGUCAAAGGAUAAAAUAAAGAACAGAAUUUUAAGAAAUCUCAAUAUACUUGUGCAUAACUAUAAGAAAUUUGUGAAUAAAUAUAUCGGUAAUGGCAUGA